AUGCACAGAGCAACACGAGAAUAUUGUUACGAAGUUGCAAACCACCCCCGAAAGACGCAUCUCCUGGAGCUUGAUCCACACCACCGGCCAGAGGGACCCACACGCCGGGCGCCCCCUCCCCAGGCGGCAGGUGUGGCCCGUGGAUCUCCCGGAGGAACCAGCGAUCGGACGGGAGCCCCAGGGACGCCCAGCCCCGCCUCCCCCGGCUCCGGGCCCGCCCGCCCCUGCCGCCCGGCCCAGCCGUCUCCGCAGCCCCCUCCGGCCCUCGCCAGCGGCCGGCGGCCUGCAGCCAGCCCUCGGGUAGAAGGUCCGCAGCCGAGUCCUCACCCGGCAGCGCGGCCACACCGCCACCCCGACCAACGGUCGCCGCGCGCGCCCCGGCCGACCACGCGCCGGAGAAUGGUGCUCCCUGCCGCCCCCACCCCCCCGUCCCCGCCAAGGUUAAAGGUCAGGCAAGAAUGCCCGGACCCACCACCUCAUUCUUAA